AUGUCGGAUCAUGAUUGCACUAGUGAAACAUCCUGUUGUGCUACUACGGCUCCAUCAUUAGCAAGUCAAUAUUCAUUUUGGCUGUAUAGAGAGGAAAAAAUCGAAGUACUUAAUUUAUUUAUACGUCCGAUGAUAUCUCAUGAUAUUUAUGAUUUAAAAGUAUUCUUCAAUGAUUGCUCAAUGUUUCAACUUGCAUCAGUUGAUUUUUCAAUGUAUUAUUAUUCUUUUCGGCCUAAACAUUCAUAUAUAGUUGUAUCAAAACAUGGUGUAUUAGCUCAUGCAUCAAUAAAACAAUGGGACUUUAAUAACAAUAUCAAUCCAUCUAUACUUAUGCUUGGCCUUGUUUAUGUUCGUCCUGAUUAUCGUAAAUUUGGAAUCGGUGAAUUACUAACAAAUUAUGUCCUAAAAGUAAAAUCGAAUGAAACAAAUCAUAUUCAUGCAAAUAUUUUAACAAAACAUCUACCCUUCUAUAUUCGUUACGGUUUUCAAGCAUCGUUUACAUUAGUUAAUCUGGUUGGAAAAUUAAAUGAAUUUUUAAAUUUAGCAAAUAUUGAUGAUGACGAUAUUCAUUUACAAUUAUUUGAAUCAUCUGAUAUACUCGAUAUAGCUACUUAUGAUCAUCAAAUAUAUCCAACAUACCGUGUAAAUUAUUUUGAACAAUUACGUGAACAUACAUAUUCAAUAGCUGGUUAUGUCGCACGUUCAUUAAAAACAAAUUCUAUAUUGGGUUAUGUUAUUUUAAAUUUUAGUCAUGCAUUUAUUAAAUGUGGACCUCUAUAUGCUGAAAAUUUAAGUAUAGCUUUAUUAUUAUUGAGACAGUGUGCUAUUGAUUAUGAUGGUAUGAUGUUAAUUUCCAUACCUGAAGAUAAUCGAAUAGGAAUUAAAAUGCUGGAAUCAAAACAUUUUAAACAAACGGAAAUUCUUCAUCGUGUUCAUACAGGAAAUCAAAAUAUAUUUAAUGAAAAAUGUUUCCAACGUGUCUGGGCAAUAACAGAUGAUUGGCUUUCGCUAAUUUAA